AUGGAUGAACUUCGAGAAUCUCAAAAAGAAAAACUCCAAGAGGCAUUAGAUAUGGGUGAACUAGAAAUAGGUGGAGGCUUGAAUAAAGAGCUUGGUCUUGGUAGAGUCGGUGAUACUCGUUGGGGAUCUCUCUACAGGUCGUUUGAAAAUUUUAUGUUUUUGUCUGAUUCUAUUUUUGAUGUACUUGAUACUCUUGUUGAAGAUUCAAAAUUUAACAGUCGUUUCAAUGAGGUGACAAGUGAUUUGUUUCAUGGAGGAGCUUGCCUGAAUCCAGUAGAUUCAUUUUCUAGUUUUGACAUCAGGAAGAUAGUGAGAAUGGCUAAAUUAUAUCUUGAUGACUUUGAUAAAUUUAAUUUGAGUGUCCUUGAGAAUCAACUUACUAAUUAUAUUGUUGAUGUACGUGAUAUUGGUCAAAGGUUCUCCAAUAUAGGUGGACUUGGUGAACUUCCAAAAAAACUAGUUGAGGUUGACGUAUAG